CUCGCACUGAUUAACGCGGGAACUAAAGCUGAACAACACAUCGCAGAUUAUAUGCGGUCAAUUCACCCGACUAGAUGGUCGAUAUUUGGGAACCGCACGCUUGGCGAUAAUGAUAAGGCGUACACCGAGCGAGGUUGGGGUGAGUUCCCAGCGUACGGAUCCCCUAAGCCGUUGUUAAGAGUUCGGACUACUAGUGUCAUAGAGGGAGAAAACAAUGCGUUGUUGUGGAACAAUCUUCGUAACUCUCUGGUGCCAGAAGGAUUCUACCGCUUUUGCUUGAGGGUCAUGUCUGUUGUC